UUGGGUUCGUCCAGCCCAACACGGGAAAGAAAGAGAGUGUAUAAAAGCCCACGGUCUGUAAAACCCUAUUCUUUCUUUGUUUCAGAAGCCGCAUGCUUUGAUCUCCAAAGGCACAGAGACUUAGCGGCUGGAUUAGGACGAGAUUUCAACAUGAAGUUUAACGUUGCGAACCCUACUACUGGUUGCCAGAAGAAACUUGAAAUUGAUGACGACCUCAAGCUUCGUGCAUUUUGGGACAAGAGGAUCUCACAGGAGGUGCUUGGUGAUGCUUUGGGCGAGGAAUUUAAAGGCUAUGUUUUCAAGAUCACUGGUGGGUGUGACAAACAAGGAUUCCCAAUGAAGCAGGGAGUGCUGACACCUGGUCGUGUUCGACUCUUGCUUCAUAGAGGAACUCCUUGUUUCCGUGGAUAUGGAAGGCGCAAUGGAGAGCGUAGAAGAAAGUCUGUUCGUGGAUGCAUUGUCAGCCCUGACCUCUCUGUUUUGAACUUGGUAAUUGUGAAGAAAGGUGAAAAUGAUUUACCAGGUCUUACUGAUGUUGAGAAACCAAGGAUGAGAGGUCCAAAGAGAGCAUCCAAAAUCCGAAAGCUGUUCAACCUUUCAAAGGAGGAUGAUGUGAGGAAAUAUGUUAACACCUACCGCCGUAAUUUUACCACCAAAGCUGGGAAAAAGGUUAGCAAAGCUCCAAAGAUACAGCGAUUGGUCACUCCUUUGACACUCCAAAGGAAGCGAGCAAGAAUUGCAGAUAAGAAGAAGAGAAUUGCCAAGGCAAAAUCAGAGGCAGCAGAGUAUCAAAAACUCCUUGCAUCCAGAUUGAAGGAGCAGAGGGAACGCCGAAGUGAGAGCUUGGCAAAGAAGCGGUCUAGACUUUCCAGUGCUACAAAGCCAACUGCCACGGCAUAAGCAUCUUACAGCCAGAGACAUGGUGAAGUUUUGUAAACUUUGCCAUAGUUUUCAGUAGUCUUGUUCCCUGAGGUGGUAAUGAUAAACAUUUAUGAUUUUGCAUUUUAAAUACAUUUGAGUUAUUUUUUUAAUGUUAUGUUUGAGAUUUCAAUCGAAUUGAAGGGUUUUUGCCUAGUUGAAAUUUAUCUAUUUGAUCUUCUGUUGAAAACUUCUAAGCUGAAUACUAUAUAUCCAUUUUAAGCAUGUUGUGGUUAA